GGGAGCGAGCGGGGCUGCUGCACGGAGGAGGGGCCUGGCUGACCACUGCUGCUGCUAUAAAACUCCCCGCUCCUGCCACGCUCGGCGCCUUAAGAUGCACAUGUGUCGGCGGGGGAAGCGGCAGCGCUGCCUCUGAGCAGCCCCCAGCCCCGUGGCGCACGGCGAGCGCUGGCGGGGAGCCGGGAUCUGGGGCCCCCCUGCCCGUGCCGCGGCGCCUCCCAGCCCGAGCCCUCCCGGGGCCCCCCGAGCCGAGAGCCGGGGCCGCAGCAUGCGCCAGCGGAGCUGAGGCCGCCCGCAGCAGGAGGAGGUCGGCGGCGGUCCCCAGGAGGCUCCCCGGUGCCCCUCGCGGCGCGCGCGGCGCACCAUGUCCUUUGCCAUGCUGCGCUCGGCCCCCAGCCGCUACCUGUACCCCGAGAUCAGCAUGCUGUCGGAGGACGAGGAGAACGGCAGCGAGAGCUCGGGCUCGGACGAGAAGCCCUACCACCACCUGGACGCCGACGGCUACGGGCUGAAGGCCGGCAAGCGGAGGAGCGGCAAGAAGCCCGGCCGGCUCAGCAGGGAGCCCCGGCAGCGGCACACGGCCAACGCGCGGGAGCGUGACCGCACCAACAGCGUCAACACCGCCUUCACCGCCCUCCGCACGCUCAUCCCCACCGAGCCGGCCGACAGGAAGCUCUCCAAGAUCGAGACCUUGAGACUGGCCUCCAGCUACAUCUCCCACCUGGGCAACGUGCUGCUGGUGGGGGAGGCGUGCGGGGACGGGCAGCCGUGCCACACCACCCCGGCCUUCUACCACCACGGCGGCGGCAGCCCCCCCGCGCGCGACACCGAGAACUCCCAGCCCAAACAGAUCUGCACUUUCUGCCUCAGCAACCAGAGGAAGCUGAGUAAAGACCGAGACAGGAAGACGGCGAUUCGGAGCUAGAUGAUCCCCCCCCCGCCCCCCCAAACCUCUUCAGGAAGGACGACACGGAGGAGCAGAAGGAGGAAGGAUGGAAAAGCCACACACACCAAACCACAGCCACGGAGCCACGGACACUACUCCCGCCUUCACCCUGCUGCCGGGGGCGGCCGCACGGCGUCACCCAAGGGACCUCGCCCCGAGCGCACGCUGCCGGAGGGGGGGCCACCGACGGGAGGUGGCCAGGACUCAGCAGGGCUGGAGCAGCGCCAGCCGCGGGGACCCCCCCGGCGCUCCCUGGACCGGGGGUCCCGGCCCCAGCCCCCCGCGGGUGCCCGGGGGAGCCGGUGCCUGGACGUGCCCGCCCCGCUCGGAUGGAGCAGCGCCGGGGGAAGGCGCCGCCGGGCCCGUCCCGCUCCCCUCGUCCCCUCCAGCUUUGAGCCACGCCAUCCCCUGAACUCUGAGUGCUGGGGUGCUGCGUUUGUUGAGUUUAAUCAAUACAUGCUGGUGUUUCAUGUCAUUGAUAUGAUAAUAUAAAGCCUGA